AUGUGCCCUUUGCGUCGUUUUCCGCGCAGAUCUCGUAGCUACACAGCCCAAACGGCGGACAACUUCGUCGGGGCUUUAAAAGCGUUGCUAUUUAGCAGCAGGACUCUAUCACCUUUCUGUCUCGCGCCUCUUUUCUUCUUUUCUUCCCAACACGAAAUCCUAAAUUCGGACUCGAUGUCCAAUAGCACCAUUCACUCUGACCAUCCUAUUAGUUCUCCCUAUGGCUACGUGCCAUCCAGGGGCGUUGCAGUCAUCUUUCUCAUCCUUUUUGGUCUUAGCACGGCUGCUCAUCUGGGGCAAGCAAUAAUGUACCGCAUGUGGUGGCUCUUUCCCACCGCUUUUUUGUGUGGCCUGGGCGAGCUCACCGGAUGGAGCGGGAGGUUGUGGAGUAGCAUCUCUCCACGCGAGGCCAAUCCAUAUAUGAUGCAAAUAACGACAACUAUCAUUUCGCCGACUCCACUAAUCGCGGUCAACUUCAUUGUACUCGGACAUAUCAUUCGCCGCCUUGGUCCUUGCUACUCUCGCCUUAGUCCACGCAACUAUACGCGGAUCUUCCUCUCCUGUGAUCUUGUUGCUCUGCUAAUACAAGGUGCCGGAGGCGGCAUUGCUGCUUCGAGCAACCCCAGGAAAACAGGUUCCACCAAAACCCAAGAGUUGGGCGGACAUAUCAUGCUUGUCGGCAUCAUCUUCCAACUCGUCGCACUUUGCGUGUAUAGCUUCUUAGGUGUCCAGUUCAUCCGAAACUACCGCGCAUCUCGUCCUGUUCGACCGAUGAUUUCUUCUGCUGAGCGAGGAAUACUCACGCAACGGGUUCGGUUAAUGCUUUGGGCCUUGACCGUCUCGACUUCGGUGUUACUUAUUCGUGGCGUGUACCGCACAAUUGAACUCGCAGAUGGCUGGACGGGGGAGGUAAUUACGACGGAAUUUUGGUUCAAUAUGUUUGAUGGUGGGAUGGUUAUUGUGGCGAUCUGGACGAUCAACAUCGCGCAUCCUGGUCUUCUUCUCAGUGCUGAAAAGGAGCGGGAAGGGUUGAUGCUGAAGCAAAUUUCAAGUUCGACAAGUCUUACAUCUCUUGCGGUAUAA